AUGGCUAUCCCUGCCGUGCCCUCCACGGGGGAGCGGCGGAGCUCCCCGAGCCCCGAGAGCCUGCGGGCUGGGGGAGGAUAUCUCGUCCAGGACUACGUUUCCCAGCGGCUCCUCCCGGGGCUGCACAUGCUCGAUGCGGCUCCCGGCGGCUCCCGGCGCGGCGCCCGGCGCGGCGCAGGGGCGGUCAGUGCGGCGCCGGUGCUGCUCCCGGUGCUGCUCCCGGUGCUGCUCCCGGUGCUGCUCCCGGUGCUGCUCCCGGUGCUGCUCCCGGUGCUGCUCCCGGUGCUGCUCCCGGUGCUGCUCCCGGUGCUGCUCCCGGUGCUGCUCCCGGUGCUGCUCCCGGUGCUGCUCCCGGUGCUGCUCCCGGUGCUGCUCCCGGUGCUGCUCCCGGUGCUGCUCCCGGUGCUGCUCCCGGUGCUGCUCCCGGUGCUGCUCCCGGUGCUGCUCCCGGUGCUGCUCCCGGUGCUGCUCCCGGUGCUGCUCCCGGUGCUGCUCCCGGUGCUGCUCCCGGUGCUGCUCCCGGUGCUGCUCCCGGUGCUGCUCCCGGUGCUGCUCCCGGUGCUGCUCCCGGUGCUGCUCCCGGUGCUGCUCCCGGUGCUGCUCCCGGUGCUGCUCCCGGUGCUGCUCCCGGUGCUGCUCCCGGUGCUGCUCCCGGUGCUGCUCCCGGUGCUGCUCCCGCUGCGGCUCCCGGCCUCCACGUCGCGGCCCAACGAGGCGCUCUGGCGGCAGAUCUCCCGCGGCCUGGCGGAGGCCGGCUACGGGCGCAGCGUGGCCCAGUGCCGCUCCAAGUGGAAGGCGCUCAAGCAGGCGUUCCACUCGGAGCGGGAGACGCGCCGCAGGGCGGGACACCACUCGGCCCGGCUGCCGCCGCACUACCGAGCCAUGAAGAGCAUCUGGAAGGCGGCCGGGCGGCCCGUCUUUGGCGAGCGGAGGAUGCCAGAUGUGGUGAAGCUGCCCUCCAGAAAGCGCAGGUCAGCUCUUGCCACAGCCUCUCCGUCCUCACCAGAACCACCAGAGCACGAUGUUGGCGGGGACACCCCCGGCACGCUGCUGUCACCGGUGCUGCAGUGUGCAAAGGACGAGCCAGAGAGUCCAGCUGGUGGGGACCACAUUACUGGAGUGCCACCCACAUCCCCUGCCAUGCCACACACCGGUGGCUGCUUCCCUCCCCUCUCCCUCCUGGGCUGUCACACUGAUCUGAAGCAGGAAGGAGCUGAGGGAAAGGCUGGUUUUCCUGGUGAGACGUCCCUGGGGGUGGGAAGAGGAAACCGAAUGCUGCCACUGGCUGCUGCAGCCACAGGCUCCCAGGGGACAGCAGCCAUGAGUGAGCAGCCAGCAGCAGGUGAAGAUGCAUCAGACACAAGCCUGCAUGGGUCUGGCGUGGCAGGCCUGCUCCAGAACGUCCAGCAGCUGCUGGUGCAGAUCCUGCAGACAUCACGGCAGCAGCAGGCGCUACUGGAGAGCCUGGCCAGUGACACAGUCUCCCACCUCCACCUCCUCUCCCACAGCCUCGUGCAGGUGGGCGAGACCCUGCACCAACUCUUGUUAAGGCCACAGACCUAUCCUGGCCCUGUUGGCCACUACAUCCCCCACGUGCCCCUUUUUGAGGGUGGCUCUGGAGUGCCCUGCUCCCCUGGUGCUCCCCACUCUUCUCCGGAUCACAAAGAGGAGCCUCAGCUGUCCCCUGAUGCCAGGUGCAUCCCGCCAUGAGUGCCACCAUCACUGGUCCCAGGAGCAGCAGCCUUGCUCCAGAGCCAUGGCACAAAUCUUUAUAUCGGAAGUUCCAGAUAUUUUGGAAGUUUAUACUAGAGAGACAUUUUAAUAAAAUUAAAAAUAGCU